AUGCAACUCCGGCGACCUGCCUUCUGCUCUGCCGCGACCGCGCCACCCAAGCCCCAGACUCCCCUCCACCUCCGCCCCCCUGCCUUCCGCGCCACUCUCUCGGACCUCAAUCGAUGGCACGCGUGGGCCAAAACCCAGGCCUCCUUCGUGGGCUCCACAUUCUCCGCCCUCGACGGCGGCCCGGACUCCUUCCUCCUACACCGCGAGCUCAAUUGGCUGGUUGAGGACGCCGUCGAGCACCCCGCCCUACACUCGACGGAAAGCAAUGCCGAGGCGGAGGUAGCAAUUAGGGCGCGAUUGGAGGAAAUGUACGAGCUGUGGAGACAGAGGAUCGAGGAGAGGCGGCCGUUUCAGUACGUGGUCGGGUGCGAGCACUGGCGCGAUGUCAUUCUCAGUGUCGAGGAAGGCGUUCUCAUCCCCUGCCCCGAGACUGAGGCCGUCGUCGAUCUCGUAGACCACGCCGUGAAGGCCGAUUCGGAAUUGAGGGAGGGUUUGUGGGCGAAUUUGGGGAUCGGCAGCGGCGCGCUCGCAAUUGCGGUGGCUAGGGUUUUGGGCGGCGGAAGGAGGGUUUUGGCGGUGGAUCUGAUUCCCGUGGCUGCCGCCGGGGCGCAUUACAACGUGGAGAGAUACUGCCUUGAGGGGAGAGUGAGUGUGAGACUGGGGUCGUGGUUUGAUCUUCUCAAGGAUGUGGAAGGAGAAUUGAAUGGAGUGGUUAGCAAUCCGCCGUAUAUUCCCAGCAAAGACAUUCAUUCUCUGCAAGUAGAGGUCUCUAGACAUGAUAUUUCAGAUUGA